UUAUUUUCUAAGAAUUUUUAUUUUUGAAGAAAUCUUAAAUACAACUAAAUGUUGAAAUCAAAUAAAAAACCGAUGCUCAAGAACCCCCAAAUCUAUAAGAAUGAAUUUCAAAUCCAAGAAGAUCAUGUCAUUUUAGGACCUACUUGCAAAAUGCCACUUUAUAAAGCCCCCGAUAAUGAAAACCCAGAAGAGUAUAAAAUCGUAGCAGGAGUCUAUGAGCGGCCACAUUUAAAAGCUUCCUACGAUUUCAACAUUUCCCUAGAUGUUCUAACUCAAUCCAAACGCUACAAAAGUCUAAAACCUCUGGUUAUAUUUCAAAUACUGGGCGAACGCCGUAGUUAUGGCUUUUUAAAAAAAUUUGCCAUUUUACGUUUGGAGGCAAAUUUAAAAAAACAAUUUUGCAUAUUUUGCAAAUUGAUCGAGUGUAAGGAAAAUAAAGCUAAACCAAGUGAUGAAUUGUCGCAUAGCAUAUUUAGUUGGAAUUGGAAUGACUUUCUAACACGUCGAAGACUUAAAAAUUUUGUAUGGGUUGAUGUCCUCUUAAGAACAGAAGAGAAUUGUUUGCAUAUCUAUAAAUUUCAAAAGGAUUUGGAACAAUUGCAAUUGUUUGUUGGAAAAAUAUUUGAUGGAUUAUUUUCGAAUAUGGGAGAAGAAGAUCUCGAUAUUUAUCAACAUAUUAAAAAGCCAAUAGAUGAAUCAAAAAAAGUCCUCCAUACAACGGAUUAUGUGGAAGAUGAACUUUAUGAAAAUACUAAAGAUUUGAAACAACUGAUACACAAAGAAUGCUUUAUUUCAAAUCCCAAACGCGAUUCAGAAGAGAAAUUUCUCAAAACUCACUUGGAAAAUCGGAUUUGGAAUAGCCACAUAUGGGAUCCCAUUGAAGUGCGAUUUCAAUUAAAUUGGUGCCACAAUAUUGUCAAACAAAAUCAACAUAGGAUGGAUAAUAACCUAGACAAAUAUCAAACUGAUAUUGGUCACUAUAGGCAAUUGCUCGAAUUAGAAACGUUCAUUGUUGGCAAUUGUAUGGAUUACUGUUACUCAUCCAUAGAAGUUUAUAAAAAUUGUAUAAAUGAACUUCAAGAUAAAUUUGACAAAGAAUUUGAUGUAAUGGAGAAUAGACUAACGUACAAACGUAUACAAAUUGAUAAAUUACGGGAACAACGAACAUUUUUGUCAUAUGAAAUAGAACGAUUUCACGAGAAGGAAGAGGCGAUGCGUUGGCGAAUCGAACGUGAAGAGCUGAAAAAAGAACUACAAAGAGUGAGAGAAGCUGAAGAACUAGCUGCCAAACAAAUGUUUAAGAAAAAAGGACAGAAAGGAGAGGAAGCUUCCAAAAAUUCCAAAACUAGCAAAUAGUCACGAAUUAUCAAAUGAGAAUUUAAACAAAAUAGACGGUUAGGUCAGUUAAUUCAUUAGCUGAAACACGACUAUAACUGCAGCCAGCAGCAUUUGUAGUCGUGUAGUCUUGUAGCGUGCUGUCUUCAAUGUGUUUAUGCAUUAUAUUUUACGAACAAACAAAGCAAUCUUAACAUUUGUUUGUGAUUGGCCAGGAAGAAGAAAAUACAAACAACAAUAUACAAAUGACAAUAAAAUCCGCACCGCUUCUUUUAAUUUGCAUUUUCUCUAAAAAACGGGUGCAAACUUUUGCACAUUUUUUCUUUUUU